CCUGGCUCCUACGUACUUCGGUCCCUUAGCUUGUCCCUCCCCCCGGCCGGCCUGCAAACGCCCGGCCGCAUUUUCGUCUCACCAGCACCAGGUCACCAUAAAACCACACCACCCCCUCAGUUCUUGCACAUACACACCACACAAACACAAAGAAAGUUCAGAUAAUUUACUGUCUGCCAUGGCCGCGCCGCAUGGCAUCAUGCACGGCGUCGACUCGUUCUCGCAGCUGCCGUUCGUCCGCCCCGCCGCUCUGCUGCCGGCCGACGCCACCAUCCGCCUCUUCGGCUGCGACUUCUCCAACGAAGGACAAGCUAGUGGCCAUCCGCCCAAGAAAAACGAGGAGGCCGACAGCACCCUGGUUGCCGACGUGAGGGCUGCGGCUGCGGCGGCGGCGGCGGCGGAGGGGGAGGCUCGGAAGUUCGAGUGCCACUACUGCUGCCGCAACUUCCCGACGUCGCAGGCACUCGGUGGCCACCAGAACGCGCACAAGCGCGAGCGCCAGCACGCGCGCCGGGCGCACCUCGAAGCCUCCCUCGCCGCGCACUACCUCCCGCUCACGCCGGGGCCCCACAUCUACGGCGCCCUCUUCGGCGGUUACGCCCACCACCAGGCCGCCGCGAUGCCAGCGCAGUACCCGGUGUGGCCAGGGGCCGUGCCGGCGAUGUACGGCAACGUGGCCCGGUCGGCAGCGUACGGCGGCAGCAUGGCCUUGCCGGGGGUGGUGUGGAGGCCGGCGCCGGUGAGGAGUGGCCCUUUCGUGGCGAGCGGCCAGCAGGACGAAGCGACGGCAGCGGCGGGGUCGGGAGAGGUGCAUCUUACUGAUGUGAAGAUGAGCGUGGUAACGUCGCUGCCGUCGUGCCUGACCGGCAGGUCGCCGACGGAGAUCGGCAGGUCUGAUAUGAUGGGGCAGAAGGAGGGCGUCGUAAGCCUGGAUCUUUGUCUGUAGUUCGUUGCCUACCUCAACUGUUUAGGUUACCUUUUUAUUCGCAAAAAAAAAAAAAAAAAAAAAAACUGUUUAGGUUACCUUUGUCUUCCUCAGGUCGAUCACUCUGUUUAGCCUACAGGAGUAUAUUUGUCAAUUGUCAUCGAGGGCGUUUAUCUUGUUUCAUCAGUG